AGGCCUUUUGCCUCGCCUAAGGGGAUUGUGGGAAGAGGUGGCCCAACUCUGUCACCUUUUACACUUGGCCCGUGUGCUCGCUGGGGAAGUGGACGUCCCUUAAGGGCUGGGGUGGAGUUACGAGUUGCUCCUGUUCCCCGUCUGGGAUCCGUGUCCCAGACGGCACUCUCACUUUCUUGGCAGGACCGAAGGCUGCAGCGAGCCCCCAAAGGGCCACCGUGCCGCAGAGGAGAGUGAAGCGGCGACGACUCUCGACAGCUUGUUUGUUCUGGCUCGGCCCCCUCGCCUGGUUGACAUCACAUCCUGAAGGCAGAGAGACCGGCACCUCCACAGGCAGGGUGGGCAGAGCCCCGGCACUCGGGAGAGGAGCGCGGAGCUGGGCGCUCUCUCACUUGCCAAGCGGGGAAGGACAGAGAUUCCCAACGAGGACUGUAUGCCCAUAAGGUGAGCUGGGGCUCUUUCCUGGCAUGGCUGACCCAGAACGAGCAGCGCGGCUGGGAGAGACGUGAACCACAAGGCUGCAAGGAAAGGCCCUGGGAUUUGCAAGGGGGAAAAUGGAUUCUUGCCCACAGCCUCAACGCUUGCAAUUCCACAAUGGUUUCUGGUAACUUGCCUGUUCUGACGAUUCUACUUAUGCCUCUUGUCUUCUGGGGAUCUGAAGGCCCCCGGGCAGCAUCUCCAGGAACCGGCGAGAGAACCGGCAAGCAUGACCCUAAGCAGGUCCCAAUCCAAGCCCUCCAAACCAUCUUGUUAAGACGCCUGGGCUUGCAAAGGCGCCCGGAACCAAAGCCAGGGCUCGUGGUCCCCCAGUACCUGAUGGAUUUGUACCAGUUCUGCUUGGGAAAGGCUCCUCCCUCCCUCAAAGAGACGGAGCUUCCCUUCCUAGAGGAGCAAGCGGGAAGAGCUAACACCGUGCGCACCUUCCAUCACGUUGAGGAUCUGGACCACAUCCCCGAAUCCAUAGGAAAUUCAUUUUACAUCCUGUUCAACCUCACUUUGCUGCCUGCAGAGGAGGAGCUGACCGCCGUAGAGCUGCGUCUCUACCACACGCAGAAGGAGAGCCGCGGGUUUCACAUCAACGUCUACCAUGUUAUGGAUCUCCCGACUAUUUCCGGAAACAAAAACAGACUCCUCACCCGAAGAUUCUUGGCUCUUGAACAGCCCAGGUGGGAGAGCUUUGAUGUCACUGCUGCUUUUGAGAGAGCCGAAGGCAAGAACCAUCACCUUGGGUUUCUUGUCGAAGUGGAGCACCCCAACAGCAGCCAAGAGCUCCAGCCUGAUCCGGUCGCCCUUCGUGCAAGACGCUCUCUCGGAGAGGAGGAGGCUCAGUGGGCUUUAGAAAGGCCUUUACUGGUCACUUAUAGUCACGACCGAAGGGGGCAGCCCCUGAGCCAUGGAAAGAGGCAAAGCAGGAGCCCACCUGGUGGACUGACCCAGAAAGGAGGCAGAAGAACAACAAACGUUUUAGCCUCGAGGAGCAGACGCAAGAGCUUGAAGCCAAAGGCCAAGGCCAGCACAAGGUGCAGAAGACACCGGCUGUUUGUGGAUUUCAAGGAGGUUGGGUGGAAUGACUGGAUUGUUGCCCCCAGUGGCUACCACGCUUUCUACUGCUCUGGGGAGUGCAGGUUCCCGCUGGCUGACCACAUGAACUCCUCCAGCCAUGCCGUGGUGCAGACCAUGCUGAAUUCGGUAAACUCUAAAGUCCCCAAGGCAUGCUGUGUUCCAACAGAGCUCAGUCCCAUUGUGAUGCUCUACCUGGAUCAACAUGACACGGUGGUCCUUAAGACCUACCAGGACAUGGUGGUGGAGGGCUGCGGGUGCCGGUAGACACAACAGAGCAGAGGUGCUCCCUCUCUCAGUACUCAGACCUGGGGUCAUCGCACGAGAGUGUAAUGGACAAUAGGUUCAGGACUGUUAAGAGAACAUCUUCAUGCGACACGCAAUGAUCUCACGGAAAUUACCACUGCAAGAGAGGUGGGGGAGGUCAGUACCUAAGGUGGCUCAGCUGCUCUGCCUGUACAGAGGCAGUAUACGUUCAAGUACCAGACAGUGGAGGGGAAAGAGUCAAAGGCUGUCCGUAUGAUGCCCUACCGGGAGAUUGUCGAGAGGCAUCUAGCUGGUCAGGGAUGAACCUUGUCCUGAUCCAGCAAGGCAGUUCCCGUGUUCUUAUGAAGUCUCAUGAGUGAACCAUAAUCUUCUCUGUAUGCCAUGUUUUAGCAAAUAAUUGAUGCUGUUCUUUUAAACUGUGAUAACUUUAGUUGAAUAAAUGAAAAAUGUAAUCAA